GGAUCACUAGGGAGCUGCAGAAGCUGAAGCAGCAGGCGAUGGAGUACUACCGGGAGAACGACGUCCCGCGCAAGCUGGAAGAGCUGCUCAACUCCACCUUCUACCUCCAGCCUGCCGACGUCUACGGACACCUGGCUUCAUAGGAAUUCAGGGAUGGAGAAGAUCCCUGCAGGCAACAGCAAUGUAGUGUGUUUCCUCAUCAUAAAACUCAUGAAUGAAGGAGCCUUGGUUGGAAAUCAGGCAGAUCUGGGUUUGAUCCUUAGCUCCAGCACUUACUAGCUGUGGGAGAUUAUUACAUUUCUGGGCCCCCAAUGGACACAUCUCCAAUGUGAACCUCUGAUGGAAGUCCCUUCCACAUUGACUCCAGGCUCAGCCAUGUGACUGGCUUUGAUCAAUAGGACCUUGGCAGGCAUGUCCAAAGGCUUGGCAAACUACUUUUCUAAACUUGCAAAGCCUCCCACCCUAUGCAAAAUAGUGGGUAAAAAUGUACUGGAUGGACUGGGGCUUCCAACCCUACAAGUGGAAAUAUUCUGCACCAUUCAAAAUUUUCCCAAGAACAUCUGCUCCGUCAUGAUCCCCACUCACUUUGAGGUCCACGAGAAUGCUUUGCCAGAGGUGGUGGAGGCAGAGGAGGUGGAAAGGGGCCUGGCAGUGAGCACCGCCAUACAGUGGGUCAAUGAGACCAUCACCGAGGAGUUGCGGGGCCUGGUGCCCUCCAACCAGGCCCAGGUGGAUCACAUGCUCAGGUUAUUCUUCGCAAAUAAAGUACAAGAAGACAAGGAAAGGAAAGAACUAGAGAAGAGCCUGGAAGAGUCAGUAGCGCCAGUACCUCCACCUGUAAUGCCACCACCACCCGCUCCGCCUCCUGUCAAAAAGAAAGGGCAGAAGCCAGGAAGGAAGGAAACCAUCACAGAGAAACCUAUCCCGCCUGCAGAACCUGCUGAACCCGUGCUCUGCGGCAGUAUGGCCAUAGGAGCUGUGUCACUAGCUAUUGCCAAAACCAGCGCUAUACUGGGCAGUAUUCCUCUGUACUUGAACAUUGCAUUGCUGAAGCACAAUCAGGAACAGCCAACAACACUAACUAUGCCUUUGCUGAUGGUAUCUCUCGCCAGCUGUGGGAAGUCAUCACCUGGAAAAUUAAAUUUAAUGAAAGAAGUGAUUUGCAUUCCCCAUCCUGGAUUGACAACCAAACAAGGUGUGGAGAUGCUUCUGGAAAUUCAGAAACAAAUUAACAAAGUAAUGGAAUCGCCCCCUCCUCCAAAAGUGGAGACCAAAAAAGGACCUAAUGGAAGCAAAAGAGGUCAACCACCCAUCACUAGCAAGAUGUCCCAUCUUGGUUGUUUGAUCAUUACCUGCGACACCGUAGAACAGCUGCUGCUUCUAAUACAGGGAAUCUGUGCCAACUUGGGGCUGGAACUGGGAACCAAUCUGCAUCUAGCCAUCAACUGUGCCGGCCAUGAGCUGAUAGACUAUAGCAAAGGAAAGUACGAGGUGAUGGCGGGCGUCUACAAGAGCGCUGCCGAGAUGGUUGACCUGUAUGUGGAUUUGAUCAACAAGUACCCUUACAUUAUAGCCUUAAUUGAUCCUUUCAGGAAGGAGGACGCUGAACAGUGGGACAGCAUCUAUAAUGCUCUCAGUUCCAGGUGCUACAUAAUUGCAGGAACUGCAUCCAAAAGCAUUUCUAAACUUCUAGAGCAAGGAGGUAUCGGCAGCCCCAGAUCCCAUGGACUGAUCAUAAAACAUACAAACCAAACUACUAUGUCUGACUUGGUGGAAAUAACCAACAUUAUUGACAGUAAGAAGCACCUCACCAUCCUUGGAAGUACAGAAGGAGAGUCUCCUGAUGACAGCCUUGUCGAUUUGGCCGUUGGACUCGGGGUCCGGUUUAUCAAGUUGGGGGGCCUUUCUCGUGGUGAAUGGGUGACUAAAUACAACCGCCUUCUGACUAUAGAGGAGGAACUGGUCCACGAGGGAACGCUGGGUUUCAAAGAAGAACACACUUUUUUUUACUUUAAUGAGGAUGCUGAGAAGGCCCUUGAGGCGGCUGCUGGUGCUGGUGAGCUGCUUGAGCCUCCAGAGCCCAUCUUCCCCACGGAGGUUGUAGAGGAGUUGGCCAAAAUGUGAGCCUCUUCCAGCCAGGGGCAGUAGUGCAAGGCACGGCGUGCAGUGAGUGUCGGGCUGACAGCUGUGAAGUACAUCCCUGCACCGAGUCUGCUCUUAAGCACCACCAACUCAUGCGCUCUUUUUUUUCUUUUAAUUUAGCUGUUUGGUAAUAUACUCAUAUGGUGUGUUUGCCUGAAAUUUUAUCUGUGAACUUUUUUUUUUAAGCCAUCAUAUUUCCAUGGGAACACGGGAUCUUUUGUCCACUUUUCAAGAUCAUGUUCUGCUUUUAUCAGAGGCCAAUACUUGUACUGUUGAAACAAAAUAAUUAGUUUAGCUCUGGUUUUGUUCAUUUAGU